AUGUUAUUUGGGUUUUCUAAUAUCUUAUAUUUAGGUCUUUUGUUGACCAAUGCUGUGGCCGUAUUAAGUGAAGAUAGAUUCUUACAAAGAAUUGGAUGGGGAUCACAAACAUCACAAACAGGUUAUAACCAAUAUGGAGGAUCAAGCGUGAAAGAAAGAUUAAUAAGUUUAAUCAAUGCCACCCGAACUGUACUGAGAUUCCCCUUAAUUGUCCUCAAUAUGGUAGUUAUAGUAUAUUUAAUUCUUUUGGGUUAA